GCUUCAUCGACAUCAAUGUGGUUGUCUAUAAACACAGAAAUAAUAGAAGUGCUGGAAGUCCCGGAACGUCCGGAAGGGCCGCUGGAAAUAUUCGACGUGGCGGAAACAAGGGCCACGCUACAAUGGUACCCACCAAGAGAUGCGGGAGGAGGACCCAUCAUCGGUUACAUAAUCGACGCCCGAGAGUUAGACAAAAUAGACAUCAUCAGUCAUUUAGAAUUAGUGCCACCCACCUGUACGUCAGCUAUAAUGGAAGGACUGGAACCGGGACGACUCUACCAGUUCCGUGUUUAUUCUGAAAAUGCCGCCGGAAUGAGUGAAGCCUUAAUUGGACCCCGAUGUGUACGAAUACAACCCGGAAUCGCCCGGCCGAGUUGUCCUGGCGUGCCGACCGUCGUUCCACGUCAAGGUGGCGAUGCUUUCCAACAGCUGGCGUACAGUAACAAACCGGACGACGCAGUCAUUAUUCAGUGGGCUGCACCCUACACCGACGGUGGAACGCCCGUCAAUGGAUACGCCGUCGAGAGGAAGGCGGGACCGAACGGCCAAUGGGUGCGAGCCCAUCCGCUGGAUGUCCGAGAAAGCGAGGUGACGUUGACGGGUCUUAUUCCUGGGCAGGAUUACAAAUUCCGCGUGAAAGCCGUCAACGCUAUCGGAUGGUCGGAGCCGGGAAGUGAGUCGGAGUCGUACCGAGUUCCCUACGAUCCCAACAACGUUGUCAGCCCGUCGUUCAGCGUCGGCCUGCGUGAUGCCGUCGUCAUGGAGCACGAGAAGGUCGAGUUCAGGGUGGAGGUCCAGGGCAUUCCGCCGCCUGAUGUCCAGUGGAUCGUCAACGCAUCGUCCGAUGCCAAAGUGAUCGUGACGGAACGAGAUCCCGAUUCAGGAGUCUCCACCUUGGUCGUCAACGACGUCCUGGCCGGCGACGAAGGUGAAGUCAAAUGCGUUGCGGUCAACGAUGCCGGUCAGUCUACCUCAUCCGCAAUUUUGACUGUGGAAGCUCCACCCAGGGCCGUCUUGACCAAAAAAUACGAAGACGGAUUAAUUUUCGAAGAUGGCGACAUCAUCCGAUUGAAAGUGGAAUUUACCGGCCGCCCGAAACCUGCCGUCACUUGGUACCAUGAAAACCAACUUCUCACGUCCGGCGGACGUCUUGAAAUCGAAAAUCUGGCCGACUGUACCAUCCUGAAAGUCGCCGAGGCUAAGCGCUCUGAUCGAGGCGAAUAUUCCGUCAAAUUGCAGAGCGGACUGGGCGAGGAUAGCGCAUCUUUUCUCGUCACAGUGGCAAAUCGGCCGUCAAUGCCGGGCAAACCGCUGACUGCAGACGUUUCGGAAUCGGUCGUCUCUUUACACUGGGAUCCAUCCGAGGAUGACGGUGGUUGUGAAAUUACUUGUUACAUCGUCGAAUACAACCGGCUCGGUUGGGACAUGUGGCUUAAAGCGACCACUUCGAAGCAGCCGCACAUUCGUCUGGGAGAUUUAAUCCCUGGAUCGACUUACGUCUUCCGGGUGAAGGCGGAAAAUCCUUUCGGCGUCAGCGAGCCGAGCGCCCAGAGCGAUCUGGUUUGCCUGCCCGCUCGAAGUAACGAAACGUCAUGGGUUCCGGAUGUGACGUCAUCCGAGCUGGUCGAUCCUGACGACACGACCAUUUCCAGUUCUAAUUUAGGUCCGCGCGACAGCGACCGGCAGGUCAGCAGAUCCGGCGAUCUUGAUUAUCUGCCUCUAGACGCUUCGGAACUGGAACUUAGUCGGUUGACCGAUCCUUCGGUGUUGGGAGCGCCUAACGGAGCCAUGGGCGGGGCCGUGUUGAUGUCGGAACCGCCAAACCGACCCGGCGAAAUAGAACUGGACCCUCGUUACGCGUUCAGUGCUUCGGCCGUCUUGGAGAAAAGGGCCGUGACUCUAUCGUCCCAGCCGGGAUUCACGUCCAAUGACGUCCUGUCUGGCAUAGGUUCCAGCACUUCGAGGAACUCUUCUUCGUCACCUUCCGUCUCGCCGGAACGUCCCUCGCUGGAGGACGCCCUUUCCUUGGACGACGACAGCAGUGAAGGCAGCAGCCAUGACAUUGUUAAGCAGCCGACUGAAACGGUGGAACAGCUGCCGUUGCCGAUCCAGCAACGCGGGUUCCUCCUACCUCGAUCCCCUGCCAGACUUUUUGUGCACAACGCUAUCGUGCAAUCGGCUCUCAGCAGCGUGGCCUCGUCGUCGGCGCUAGUGACGUUAUCGGAUGUUAUGGAACAAGUGGUGGUCGAGGAUCAAGUGCUGGCGCCCGAUGCUGAGAGUGAGACUCGCCAGGAAGUGCUGGAGCAGAUCGAACAAGACCUGCAGGACCAACUGGAAGUGCUGGAUCGAAUCGAACUGGACAUUGGGGAGAAGCAGGAAGCUGAUGUAGACGGAAAUGAGGUGGAAUUUAUUGCUCAAGCUGAUCAAUCGUCGGUCCAACUGGAACAAAGUGAUGCUGAGCCAGCCCGGCUAGACGAGGAGACAGUGAUUGAAGAAAUUAAGCGUCAAGAUCAAUUUGAUUUGAUGAAUCCGAAUUCUCAGCCGUCGGACGAGAUGACUCGAGUGAAACCGUCGGAGCCUGACGAGAUCGAGCUGGCCUUGGCCGACCAGCAAAUGGAAGUGCCAACAAUUCUACUCCAGGACAAUAACGACAUUCAGCAUCAGCAGGACGUUAUUCCGGCGAUGCAGUCGCAUCUCGCCGCCAUCGACUCUGGCGUCUGCGAGCUAAUGGCUCAGCGAGGCAGCGACGGCGAGGGCCAGCACAGCACGGACCAGUACAGCGACGCCUACAUGACGGCCGUGGACUCGAUGAGCAGUUGCGACUUUGGAGACUCGCCAGAACCAGACGGUUUGGUGCUGGACCGACCCCUGAGAGGUGAAUGCCCUUCUCCGACUACUAGUGUCAAGCGAACCAUGGAUAUGGACGACGAGGCCGAUCUCGUCCCCGAUGCGAGCGCAUUCAUGGGCUCGGACGGCAAACCCAUCUUCUUGCGCUGCGUCACAGAUCAGACGGUCAAAGUGGGAUCGAGAGCCCGUUUCCUGGCCGAAAUCAUCAGCUCUUCGGGCCUGGUUGUCACUUGGCAUUUCAAUGGAUUGCCCGUCUUUCAGCCGGGCGAGACGGCUCACGGACGUUUCAAGAUCCUGCAGGAGGGAAAUUUUUACUGCCUCGAAAUUUCACCGGUGGCCAUAGAGGAUGAAGGAGCCUGGACCUGUCGGGCUUCUUUGGCUGACAACGCCGGUUCGGAGGAAGGUGUAUCUGCCACCGCGCAGCUUCGCGUGAUGGUGCCAAAGAGCUACAAACGCCCCGAAUUCGUCGAAGAUCUGCAGGCCAUUUUGACGGAAGAAGGUACAGUAUCUCUCGAGUGUAAAGUGGUCGGCAUCCCGACGCCAGUCCUCCACUGGUUCAAAGACGGGAAAGAAAUCAAGGCCGGCGAUGUUUUCGCAUUCCGCGCCCCUCAGACGGACUCGACGGCCGAAGAGACGGCCACUUCGCUGGGAAUUUACUCUUGCGAGGCCAUCAAUUGCAUCGGCAAAGCCAUUUCAACUUCGCAAGUGCGAGUCAGAAAUGCUGUCCAGCAGCAGCCGCCGACUCCGUCGCGAACGAAUAGCCAAUCCGAAUCGACCGGACCGCCCGUCAUCAUCGAGGAGCCGUUCAAUCAAAAGGUCCGAGUCGGCGAGGACGUCCGCUUCACAGUGCGAGUGAUGGUACCGCCCUUGCCCUCUCAAGUUAAAUGGUACAACAAAGAUGUGCCCAAGGAGGCCAGCUCCAAAUACGUGGUGGGCGAAGACGGCCACGGUGGCUACUCGCUCGAUAUCACGCCGACGGAUAUCGACGACGACGGCGAGUGGAAAGUGGCCAUCAAAAACGAAGGCGUCGACGCAGAGUCCAACGCUUCGGCCGUUUUGACUCUUGUCGUGCCCAAGAACUAUCGACCCCCUCGGUUCCUCGAAAGCCUCAAAGCCAUUCUGACGGAAGAAGGACUCGUCAGUUUCGAGUGCAAAGUUGUCGGCUUCCCGACACCGCAGCUCCAGUGGUUCAAAGAUGGCCAGGAGUUGAAACCGGGCGACGUCUACCAACUGAGCGGCACCAACUCUCUGGGAUCUUACUCUUGCGUCGCCCGCAACUGCAUGGGCCAGGCUGUCAGUGCCGCCGAAUUGACCGUCGACGACAUUCAGAACCAGCUCAACGACGAGGAGCGUCGCCAACUGAUGGACUCUCACCGACCGCCCAUCUUCACGCAAGGAUUGCGUUCUAGUGAGUCCCGGGUGGGCGAUCCUCUUCGACUCACUGUCCAAGUGUCCAGCACGACCGAGAGCUUCUUGGUUACUUGGUUUCACAAUGACGAGCCGAUCGAUCUGGAUGAAACGCACAAAUUCCGCAGUUUGAAAGAAGAGGCCGGCCUCUGCCAUCUGGACGUGGAGCCGCUGGAAUUCAGCGACGAAGGCGACUGGAAAUGCAUCGUCAUCAACGAUUUCGGUCACGCAGUCACCAGCUGCUCAGUCAAGUUAUCCGUUCCGCGAUUUUUCCGCAAACCGCAUUUCCUGGAACCGCUCAGGGCCGUCCUGUCGGACGAAGGGACUGUCAAUUUGGAAUGCAAAGUCAUCGGCGUUCCGCAGCCGUCUUUAAAAUGGUACAAGGACGGCGUUGAGCUCAAGCCGGGUGAUAUUCACCGCAUCAUGUCCGGCCAAGACGGAACUUGCUGCCUUGGCACGUACACCUGCGAGGCGCACAACUGCAUGGGCACGUCGUCCAGCUCAGCUGCUCUUCUCGGAUUCGAAGAUCGACUCGAAACCGAACAAAAUGUCUCUUUGGCUAAGGAGGAAACUUUAUUGGACACUGAACCUCGGAGUUACAUGACGGAGCACCCGCGUAUCGCUCGUAAUCCAUCGCUGUCAACGAUUCAGGAGGAGCGCUCCUCGCAAAUUUCCCUGUACGAGACGGCCAAUGCUGAGGACACGCUUACGGGCGAAGAGCGGGCUGAAAUUAGCGUGUCUCUGGACGGACGAGAAGUCUCGGUUUCCUUGUACGAAACGCCUGAUCUGACUGAAGAGGAAGCUCAACAGAUUGUAGAACUCUUCGCUGAGGAAUUAUCUGAGCGAAUUUCGUACAAGAACACAACCGAAUUGCCACCCUUGCGAUUUACUCGCGAGACAGCCACGUCUGGCUCUCUAUUAAUGGAAGCUGUCGUCAUUGACGUACCCAUGGAAAUAAAUGGAAACUCUUCUUACGAGAGGACUCUAAGCGAUUUAUCGUUUGAGGAGGCGCCAACUGAGGCGGACAUUGAAGAACUGUCUGCCAUGGAAGCCUUGAUCAUAGAAGAAGCAGACAUGCGCAAUGAUCCUUAUUUCUUGGACGAUUUGACCAUUCCUGAUCUACCCUAUGAGGUCAACGAUGUCCGUCAAUCCAUCACUGGUUUGCAAGAAGCCUUCCUCAUUCAGGAAGCCAGUCCGACAGAGGAAGAACGACAACUUCAUUUGGAAUCACACAGUGGAGGGGCCACUCCGGUGGUCAUGUCGCCACGGCGGUUGAGCAUUGAACGUGAUGCAGCUAAGGUCGAGGAAGAUUUUCAGGCCAUGUUAGCUGAUGGUAUUCAGUCACCCGUCGACGUUGACUAUUAUUCUCCGCUAGAAUAUUCGGAUAGUUGCAGCGUUCCAUCUUCUUCCCCGCAGCCAGAUUGGCUUGUCGAAGAACCCAUCGCUGUAGCAACGCCGGUGGCCGCCCAACAGCCCGAAAUAAUUGAAAGACCGGUUGAAAAAACUGCGACGCCUACGGAUGCAGUUGAACCCUUGCCAGCUGAAGUGGCGACUGUUGACCCAGCGCUAGCUCCCCAAGUACUCGAAUCAGCAUUAGUGUCAGAGAGAAUACAGAACUUAAUGAUGUCCAAUAAAAGCUCGCUGGACAUACGAGAAUCAGCAAGCGAGACGGAAACAUCGGCGGACGAGAAUUCCCAGCGGUUGAUGAGCGAUUAUCUGGGAUUGGGAAGAACGGAUUCGUUAUCUUCGGCGAAAAGCGAAUUGCAAAAAGCGAGCGAGAUAUCACAAGCUGAGACAAGCCAGUCUAGCAGCACUCUCAUUCAAUCAAAAUUGUCAACCAUUCGUCUAGGGUCGGAUCAGACUAUAACUUCCGGUGCCGAUACGCCGGAAUCUGGCGACCAGUCUGGGCUACUUAUUGAGGGAAUUCAGGUCACAAGGCGGGAAGAUGUGAUAUGUGCACAGGAAUCCUGGAAUGAGGCCAGCCAUCUGGCAAAGACGAUGGACACGUUAAUGGAUGAGCCUCCUGUAGAAGAUCAUUCGGAUGGAUUGAAAGAAUAUCCAUCCACGUCACCUACUCGCAAUCUUGCAUCUGAGCUGGGAAUAGGCCAAGAAGAAAAAACAUCUGAUUUUGUCAGUGAAGAAACAAGAGCUAUGGUUGCUUCGAUCUCCUCAAGUGACGCUACACGUAGACUCCAAACUGAAAAAGACGCUGAACAAGAAAAACAUCUUACCCAAAUAUCAACGGAAGCAAGUCAAGCAACUGAAACAACAACAGAAGAGUCCAAAGCUACGUCGAUAGAUUUCGCAGAUGAUAUCAAACCUAUCGAAAAUAUUUCAGGAGACAGAGAUAAAGCUGAGAGAAGAAAAACAGAAGGUGAAGAAAAGAAAAGUUUCCAGAAGGAAGCCGAUGAAGCAGAACAAAAGAAGAAGGAAGCCGAUGAAGCAGAACAAAAGAAGAAGGAAGGCGAAGAAAACGAUGGCCUCUUAGAAGCAUCAGAGGAGAAACAAGGUCUCCAGAAAGAAUCCGAAGAGAAAGACCGUCUCCAAAAAGAAGCCGAAGAAAAGGAUCAGUUCUUAAGGGAAGAAGUGAAUAGGCAACGCCUCCAGGAAGAAGCAGAAGGUAAAGAUCGUAUCCAAAAGGAAGCUGAAGAAAAUGAACGGCUUCUAAGGGAAUCAGAGGAGAAGCAACACCUCAAGAUGGAAGCAGAAAAGGAUCGACUCCAAAAAGAAACAGAAGAAAAGGAUCGGCUCCUGAAGGAAGCUGAAGAAAAGGAUGGACCCCUGAAGGAAGAAGAAGAGAAGCAACGUAUCCAGAAGGAAUCAGAGGUAAAGGAUCGUCUCCAGAAAGAAGCUGAAGAAAAGGAUCGACUCCUGAAAGAAGAAGAAGAGAAGCAACGUAUCCAGAAAGAAUCUGAGGAGAAGGAUCGUCUCCAGAAGGAAGCUGAAGAAAAAGAUCGGCUCCUGAAGGAAGAAGAGGAGAAGCAACGUAUCCAGAAGGAAUUAGAGGAGAAGGAUCGUCUCCAAAAAGAAGCUGAAGAAAAGGAUCGGCUCCUAAAGGAAGAAGAGGAGAAGCAACGUAUCCAGAAAGAAUCAGAGGAGAAGGAUCGUCUCCAUAAAGAAGCUGAAGAAAAGGAUCGACUCCUGAAGGAAGAAGAAGAGAAACAACGUAUCCAGAAAGAAUCUGAAGAGAAGAAUCGUCUCCAGAAAGAAGCUGAAGAAAAGGAUCGUCUCAUGAAGGAAGAAGAGGAGAAGCAAAGUAUCCAGAAGGAAUUGGAGGAGAAGGAUCGUCUCCAAAAAGAAGCGGAAGAAAAGGAUCGACUCCUGAAGGAAGAAGAAGAGAAGCAACGUAUCCAGAAAGAAUCAGAGGAGAAGGAUCGUCUCCAGAAAGAAGCUGAAGAAAAGGAUCGACUCCUGAAGGAAGAAGAAGAGAAACAACGUAUCCAGAAAGAAACUGAAGAGAAGAAUCGUCUCCAGAAAGAAGCUAAAGAAAAGGAUCGGCUCCUGAAGCAAGAAGAGGAGAAGCAAAUUAUCCAGAAGGAAUUGGAGGAGAAGGAUCGUCUCCAAAAAGAAGCGGAAGAAAAGGAUCGACUCCUGAAGGAAGAAGAAGAGAAGCAACGUAUCCAGAAAGAAUCAGAGGAGAAGGAUCGUCUCCAAAAAGAAGCGGAAGAAAAGGAUCGACUCCUGAAGGAAGAAGAAGAGAAGAAACGUAUCCAAAAAGAAUCAGAGGAGAAGUAUCGUCUCCAGAAGGAAGCUGAAGAAAAGGAUCGUCUCCUGAAGGAAGAAGAGGAGAAGCAAUGUAUCCAGAAGGAAUUAGAGGAGAAGGAUCGUCUCCAAAAAGAAGCUGAAGAAAAGGAUCGGCUUCUGAAGGAAGAAGAAGAGAAGCAACGUAUCCAGAAAGAAUCAGAGGAGAAGGAUCGUCUCCAGAAAGAAGCUGAAGAAAAUGAUCGGCUCCUGAAGGAAGAAGAAGAGAAGCAACGUAUCCAGAAAGAAACAGAGGAGAAGGAUCGUCUCCAGAAAGAAUUAGAAGAGAAAGAACGAAUUCAGAAAGAAGCUCAGGAAAAAGAUCUACUCUUAAAGGAAGCUGAAGAGAAGCAACUUUUCCAGGCGAAAACAGAUGAAACCGAGGAAACGAAGAAAGAUAUAGAAGCAGAAGAAAAGGAUUUCAUUCAGAAUGAAACUCAAAAGGAAGUGGAUGUAACGGAACGACUCUUAAAAGAAGAAGAAAUUGUCCUACUUCCAAAAGAAUCGAAAGAAAAUGAGAGCAAACAAGAUUUACAAAAGAAAGAAGUCGAAGGAAGUCAAAUCAAAAACGAAGAUAAAUCUCGCAUAAACGAAGUUGAAGAACGAGCAGUUUCUGACAAACAAUUAGACAGCUGUAAUACACGAUUAAGCGAUAGGCCUAAUAAAUUACCAUCGGGAGCAGGAGUUACCGAACUUAUGGAAUUAGAGAAGCAUUCAGUAGGUCUUCUAAGAAAUGUGGAUCGUUCCCGUUUGGAAAAAGUAGAAUUCGAAUCUAGUAAUUCUGCUGAAAAGGAAGUUGUUGGACAGUUGGGUUUCAAAGAAAGAUCCAAACCGUCAACUGAACGACCGCUAACUGAAGACGAACUUAUUGAGAAGCAAAUUGAAGAAGAAAAACGAAAUCGUCGAAGAGAGGCCGCAGAAAGACUUUUACGAGAACAAGAACAAAAAUGGGCGUCUGAACAAUCUGGGAAUGAAGGUGUCAAAGAACAUAGACAUGAUGAGAAAAUUCGACUUGAACAAGCAGAAAUGCAACAGGCUGUGGAUGAACAUAUCAGAAAACAUAAACAAGAAGAAGAAAUCAUUCAACGAGAAGCAGACGAAGAAAGGGUACAACAACAAAGACAAAAAGAAGAAGAAAGGCGAAUCCGUUUAGAAGAAGCAGAGAAAAUUCGGAAGGAAGUGGAAAUACAGGAGCGACUCCGAAGGGAAGAAAAGGAACGAAAGCAGCUAGAAGCUGAACGAAUUCGUCGCGAAGAAGAAGCAGAAGAAUGGGCAUUGAAAGAAAAAGAGAGAAUCCGGUUAGAAGAAGAAAUUCAACGACUUGAAUCGGAGCGCAUUCGCAUGAAAGAAGAACGGCGAUUACGACAAGCCAAAGAAGAGGAAGAAGAACGACUCCGAUUGAAGAAGGAGAGAGAAGAACGUUUACGUCGCGAACAAGAAGAAGAGGAGAGACUUCGCCAAGAAGAGGAAGAGCAGCUAAAAUUGAUGAAGGAAGAGAGGGAACGCAAUCGAAAACUGAAGGAAGAGGAAGAAGAACGGAUGUUGAGGGAAAUAGAAGAACGUUCUCAAAAGAAGAAGGACGAAAAUGAACGAAUCAGAAAAGAAAAAGAAGAGGAAGAGCGAAAGAAAAAAGAGGAGGAGAAACUUCGGCGAGAGGAAGAAGAGAAAAAGCGUAUGGAGGAAGCUGAAAAACUGAGAAAAGAAACAGAAGAGAAAAGUAAAGAGAAAGAAGAAAAACGAAUGAAACAGGAAGAAGAAAAGCGAAAGCGAGACGAAGAAGAAAAGAAAAUCAAAGACGAAUUGAAAAGACAGAAAGAAGAAGAAACCAGAAAAAUUUUGGAAGAGUUAGAGACGAAUCGAAACAAAAGAGCUCUUGAAGAACCAAUUCAGCCUGAAGACGAACGUAUUGAGGCCGAAGUUUCUUUAGAUAAAAACAAAAAGGAUUUGACAGAAAAUGUUAAACUAGACAAAGCCCAGAAAAAAGACGACGAAGAACUUAAUCUUUCAGACAAAAACAUUCGCCAAAAAGGAGACGAAAAGACCACAAUGAACCAAAGGGAAGAGAACAUCGAAGAACAGAAUUUAAAAGGAGACGAUGAUAAAAUCGUGAAACAAACGAAGGGAAACAAUGAGGCAGUUGAUUCCCUAAUCAAAUCGAAGGAGCAACAACAGGAAGUCGUUGAAGAAAACCAGUUGAAGGGGCAGCACAAGGAAACCGAGCAUGAAAAGCAGAAGGAUCAACAAGAAAAGGAGCCCAAGAGAGCUGAAGUUAAAAAUCUGAAGGAAACAGAACAAGCGAUCAAGGAAACCGAAGAUAAGAAACUCAAGGAGCAACAAGAAAAAGAGCGCAAGGAGGCAGAAGAAAAGAAAUUGAAGGAACAACAAGAGAAGGAGCGCAUAGAGGCUGAAGCUAAGAAAAUAAAAGAGCAACAAGAAAAAGAACGUAAGGAGGCAGAAGAAAGAAAAUUGAAGGAGCAACAAGAAAAGGAGCGCAAGGAGGCCGAGGAAAAGAAGCUUAAGGAAAAGCAAGAAAAGGAGCGCAAGGAGGCAGAAGAUAAGAAGUUGAAGGAACAACAGGAAAAAGAGCGCAAGGAGGCAGAAGAUAAAAAGUUGAAGGAACUACAAGAAAAAGAGCGCAAGGAGGCAGAAGAUAAGAAGCUGAAGGAACAACAGGAAAAAGUGCGCAAGGAGGCAGAAGAUAAAAAGUUGAAGGAACAACAAGAAAAAGAGCGCAAGGAGGCAGAAGAUAAGAAGCUGAAGGAACAACAGGAAAAAGAGCGCAAGGAGGCCGAGGAAAAGAAGUUGAAGGAACAACAAGAAAAAGAGCGUAAGGAGGCUGAAGCUCAGAAAUUAAAGAAUCAAAAAGAAGAGAAGGAGCGCAAGGAGACCGAGGAAAAGAACAGGAGAGAUCAACAAGAGAAAGAACGCAAGGAGGCAGAGGAAAAGAAAUUGAAGGAGCAGAAAGAAAAAGAACGUAAGGAGGCAGAAGCAAAGGAAGAGAACGAACGUAUAGAGGCCGAAAAGAAGAAAAAGAAACAAGACAAGGAGCGAAAAGAGGUAGAAGAAGCAAAAAUAGAACAGAAAGAAAGAGAACGCAAAGAAAGAAAGAAGAAAGAAAAGCAAGAGAAAGAACGUAAAGAAGCCGAAGAAAGAAGCAUCAAGGAUGAAAAAGAUAAUGAUUUGAAGAAAGGAGAAGAAAAGAAACUGAAAACUGCAAGAGAAAAAGUUGGUACUGGCGCGGAAGAAAAGAGUAUUCAGGAGCAUCAAGAACAGAAAUACGUCAAAGUUGAGGAAAAAGAUAUGAAGAGGCGAUCAGAAUAUGAAGAACGACAAGGUGAUGACGCACACCCUCGGUCGGGUGACGAAUCUCCUACGCCCAAUAAGGAUCGUAGGAGAAGAACAGUCUUACAAUCAGACGAGGAGUCAACUGCCGAAAAUUCUUCCGAUUACUCGACCAGGAGACGUACCAGAGUUUGUCCCCCUGAAGAAUCAAGAUAUGACACUGGAAUUCAUACAGGAAUUCGACGUCGACCUGUGCCAACUGUUAUGGAAGAAACUGAUUCACUUAGUCCGCUAUCCUCUGGCUUUGAUAGCUCUCACAGACAACCGACUUCAGGUGACUUUGAUGUACGUUCGAGAGCAAGAUUGAUCAGGGAAGAUAUGCGACAUGGAAUUCGAUCUUGUUCUGCCGGUGUCGUUCUUAGCUCAAUGCGAUCUCGUACUAGUCAAAUGGAAUGGGACUCUUCGUCGAGAUCACACGAGGACAACCGAAGAGAUCCUUCAAAGAAGCCCAAAUUCAGUUCAAAAUUACGAGACAUGGAAGUGGCAAAGGGUUCCAGGGUCAAGCUGAGUUGCAGUUUGCUCUGCAGUCCCGAACCCGAAAUCGAAUGGUUCCGUAAUGGCUUGUCGAUUUUGAAGAACGUGGACAGUCAUAAAUACGUGAUUAAUUGGAACCCAAUCGGCAUCGCAAGUCUAGAGAUACGCGACCUCUGCCGCUCCGACACUGGAGAAUACAUGUGCGUUGCUCGCAACCACCACGGGCAGGCCAGCACUUCGGCCGAUCUUCGAGUCAGAGGUGAUUACGAACCCAAAACGAGUUCGCCGUCUUUCACCUCGGCCAUACGUGAUGUCUACUAUGACACAACCGACGAGUUGGUCCUGGAGUCUAUCGUCAAUGGCUUCCCGACACCCAAGAUCACUUGGAUGAAGGACGGAAUCAAGUUGCAUUUGAGUAGCCGUUACAAGCAAAGCGUGGACUUGGACGGGCGUUGCCGCCUGGUUGUUCACUCGCCUUGUGCAGGCGAUUCGGGUCAAUACACCUGCGUCGCUCAAAAUGCUUCCAGGAAGGAUGAGAUUUCUACCUAUGUCGUCGUUCCAGAACACGUUUGGGACACGGAAAAACGCGCGAUGAAGACUCUCCCAAGUCAUGCCGGAUAUUCUGGGGGUGGGGAAUUCCAUCGUCGAACAGCUGCUGAUAAGCUGGCUUCUUCGGGAGACACCCACAGUUUUGAUGGAGGACGUUACGAUGGAAUAGGUGCCCAAGAUGACUCGGCUCAUUUUGUUCAGCUGCCAGAAAGUACCGUGACUGUGGGUAGAGAUCGCGAUCUCGUCAUCCAAUGCCGUGUCCGAGGACAUCCACGUCCCAAAGUGACAUGGUUGAAGGGCAUACGGGACGUGGUCGAAUCUGGACGGUCAUGCGUGGAGAUGGACGGCGACUCGUACCGUUUCAUCCUGAAGAAAGCCAAUUACGGCGAUGGUGGGACGUACAUCGUCAAAGCCAGCAACUGCCACGGCAGCCAGAAAGCCUACUGCACCGUGCGCGUCAAGGAAACGGCCAACUCUUCCGACUGGGAUUUCAAGGACUCGCCGGCCAUGCAGCAGCCCGCCGAUUUGGCCGAGUGUCGAGUCAGACGAUUCAACAAAGAUGUGCCGGGUCCGGUUCCAGCUCCUCCGACGGCCACCGUCAGCGGGAAAAACGUUGUGUCCCUCAGCUGGGCCAAACCGAAUUACAUUGGCGGAGCGCCUAUUUUGGCGUACAAAGUCGAAGCCUGGCUCCUGGGCGAAGGAGCCAUCUGGAUAGAGGUGGCUACGACGGUUAUUACCAGCUCGGACGUGUACAACCUGAAGCCGGACCGUGAGUAUCUGUUCCGGAUCACGCCGAAGAACAAGUACGGGUGGGGCGAGUCGCUGGUGUCGUCGACGCCCAUCCGGACGGUGAGCAAGACAGGCCUUCCGCACUUCCACCGCCAGUUGCACCCGCAGAUCAAGGCCAUGGAGCACACGGACAUCGAGCUGCUGACGGAGGUGACGGGCGAGCCGACGCCGCAGGUCGAGUGGUACCGCGACGGCAGCAAAGUGGACGGCGUCAAGAAUCCGCGCUACGAGCUACGCUCCAUCCGGGCCGACUGCCGCCACGCCCUCACCAUCCACGAUGUCCAGAUGGAGACGGACGACGACAGCAAGUUCUCCUGCGAGGCCGUCAAUCCGGCCGGACGAGUCGCCACUUUCAGUCGCGUCCUCGUCGUGACGGACGAACGCGUAGCCGAGGCCGACGCCCAAUUCAGACAGCAGUUGGAUUGCCUGAGUUGCGGCAAUGACAAGACGCCGAUGGCGCCUCAAUUCACGAUGAGGCCGCGCGACCGUCGGGUCCAAGUCGCUUUCCCCGUCCGGCUGACUUGCCAAGUGAUUGGUUUCCCCAAGCCGGACGUCACCUGGUACCACAAUCACAAUCCCAUCAUCAUCGGUGACGACGAUCGUCACAGCUACAGCGUGGACGGCAAUUUCUACACGCUGGAGAUCGCCACUACCAAAUUCGACGACGCCGGCGUCUACAGCGUCCAAGGCCGUAAUUCUUCGGGCGCGGUGGGCUGCCAGUGCUGCCUGGUGGUGGACGGAGGCAUUCGGGCGUACGUCAUGCCCUUUUUCACGCACGAACUGGAGGAGCGCAACGUGUCGGAGGGCGGCACCGUCUCGCUGAUCGCCCGCGUCGAAGCCUAUCCGGCCGUCGGGGUCCUCUGGCACCGGGACGGGAUCCGCCUACGUCCUUGCCGCCAGUACGACAUGCGACUGGAGUCUGACGGCUCGGUGGCGUUGGUCGUGUCGGGCGUGCUGGCCAGGCGCCACGCUGGCGUCUACACCUGCACCGUCACCAACGAGAUGGGCCAGGUUUCGUCCAGCGCCCGCGUCACCGUCAAACCGCAGCGGCCGUCAGCAUCUUCGUCGGCCGACGGGGCCGGCGUCGCCACCGAUCACGACGCCAUCGCUCUCGGGGAGACGACGUCGUCGCCGGCCAUGGCGCCCAAGUUCGUCCGAAAGCCGAGAUCGACCGAAGUUGUUGAAGGCGAUUCUCUGGUCGUUGUCUGCGAGGUCAUUGGCGAUCCGAAACCCGAGGUCAUCUGGCUGCGUGACUGGCUAAAUCCGGAUUAUUACGACGACGCCGAUCACUUUGUCCGGGAAGGAGACGGACCCGUUUACAAGUUGACGAUCCCCUGCGUGAAAUUGGAUUUCACCGGCGCCUAUUCCGUCAUCGCACGCAACGUUCACGGCGAAGCCAAAGCCGUCAUCUCUCUCCAGGUCUACGUUCACGGACAAGGCCGCCAAGGUAGACAACAAGAAACCGCUGGAUCUUCGACUGGACACUCGACGACACUCGGUGGCGUCCUAACGGCGCCUAAGGUCGUCCAGCCGUUGAGACACUUGCGCUGCUGUGACGGCGACACGGUCACCUUCGAAUGUCGCUUCAACGGCCAGCCUGAAGCGGCCGGUACACUCCAAGUCCACUGGCAAAGAGGCGGCAAGCUCCUGCGGUUGUGCAAAGACUUUUCGACGGAGGUGAACGCCAACGAGGGCGUGGCCCGGCUCUCCAUCGGCCGAGUCUACCCGGAAGACGAAGGCGAGUACACCUGCGUGGCCUACAACGAGCUGGGCAGCGACUCCACAUCCGCCUGCCUCAUCGUCGAUGUGGCUGACGAUAAGGAGAACGACCUGAUGGUUCAGCUGGACUCGAGACCGGCCGGCACUGUGUCGGCACGCGCCACUCCGCGCACCACGCCCUCACGCACGAUCCGCUCCCUCUCGCCCAUCAAUUCCAAAACUGCGACGCAGCAACAACAGCAGCAACAACAACAACAGACGAAGAGCGGGCGCGUGCGCAAAGUGCCGCCGAAAUUCUAUUCGGUGCCGCACAAUAAAAUCGCCGAGACGGGCGAGACGGUGCGAUUCCAGUGCAACGUCGGCGGCAACCCGUCGCCCCGCGUCACCUGGGACCGCGACAACAUCGCCAUCAAACCCGAGUCCAUCACGCCGGCCGGACGGGUCCGCAUCGAGGAGCGAGAUGACGUCCGCGUCCUCGAGAUCCGCAACGUGACCAGCGAGGAUGCCGGUUUGUACAGGAUCACGGUGGAGAACGAAUUAGGAAGGAUCCAGGCCAACGCCCGUCUGGAUAUCCUGAGUCGAUCCAGCGGCAGUCGCUCGGCCGGAUUCAUCCGCUCCGGAUCGGCAGCCACCGCCGGCAGAGGCACUUACUACUCGGCUCUGAGCGGAUCCAGCGCUUCCAGAUUGGCCGGCCGCACUUUGGGUCUCUCGGGAGCCAGUUACCUCCGCGGCACGUCCACUCCGCGUUCGGGUGGCCGAUAUCACGCCACGUCGGACAUGGACGGAUCGGGUGCCAGUGACGCCGCCGCCGCCGCUACCGAUCGACCGGUGUCGUUCGUCACCAAAUUGCCCAGUCGCAUGCGAGUCAACGAGGGAGACGCAGUCGAAUUGCAGGUCCUUCUCACAGGAACGCCGCCAUUGAAAGUCGUCUGGGUCCACAACGACUCGCCUCUGGUGGACUGCCCGGAAUUCCGGCACUUGGACUACGGCGACGGCCGCUACGCCCUCCGUCUGGCCGACCCGUUCACUCACGACAGCGGCGUCUACUUUUGCGAGGCUUACAACCUCUACGGCGACGCCGAGUCGUGGUGUCGGCUCAUCGUCACCGAUCCCGCCGACAAACAUUUCAACGAGACGUCGGCAGAGGCGUCGGUGACCUUGGCCUACUCGAGCGCCAACACGGCCUCGAUUCGAACGCGCAACGAUGACGAAACCGAAGAAGAAGAAGAAGAAAAUAAGACCGGAGAGGAGGAGGACUUCAGCUGCAGCAAAGAGGAUCUGACGUACGAGUCUGACAAGUUGAACGACGAGCUGGACAACCCGUUCCAAGUGGCGGCCCAGAUCGUCAAGGGACCCGUCAGCGUCUCCACCCUGAUCGGCUCGACCGUUUUACUCGAAGCGCUCAUCAUCGGCCGGCCAGAACCCACCGUUCGCUGGCUAAAAGGGGGCAAGGAACUGGUGGAAAGCGACCGAGUGGAGAUGAGACAGGCGGACGGGAUGGCGUCACUCAGUUUGCACGGCAUCACGGCCGACGACAGCGGCAAGUACAUCGUCAUGGCUGAAAACACGUUCGGCAUGGACUGCCACUACGCCUCGCUGGCCGUCGAAGGGCCGCCGGAUCCUGGUGGUAAGCCGACGAUCUGCGAAGUGAAAGCCGACAGCCUGACGCUGACCUGGUACGGGUCCGUCUACGACGGCGGCUCGGUCAUCACCGGCUACCUGGUGGAAAUCUGCGAAACGGGCCAGUCGUGGAGGGUCCUCACCUCCGAGUGCAACUCGACCUCGUACGUGAUUCACGGGCUGGCGCCUCUGAGGACUUACCAGUUUCGCGUCCGGGCCAAGAACAUUCACGGCAGCAGCGAGCCGAGCUGCCCGUCUGACCCGCUCUUCUACCAGCCGCCGCUGGUGGCUGAGAGGCGAGACAAGGCCGUCGUCGUCGACCAUCACCAUCACCGCGAGGAGAAGGACCUCCACCGGCAGGUCAGCAGCCGAGACGGGCGGCCAGAGGACGAGCUCGACUACGACCAAGACAACGAUGAUUCUGACGAGUCUCAAGCCCCCCAAUUCGAACACUGUCACGUCACCGUUCAACCGGGUGAACCCCACUUUCUGGAAAAGUACUCGGUUCACGAAGAGUUGGGUAAAGGCCGUUUCGGAGUCGUUUACCGGCUGGUGGACCGGGCCAGUGGCGCUCUAAGGGCCGCUAAAUACGUGAGAUGCAUCAAGGCGGCCGACCGCGAGAAAGUCUACCAGGAGGUGGCCAUCAUGAACAAGUUGCAACACCCAAAACUCUUGCAGCUGGCGGCCGCUUACGACUGUCCCAAAGAAAUCGUCCUCGUCACCGAAUACAUUUCCGGCGGGGAACUGUUCGAGCGCGUCGUGGCCGAUGAUUUCACCCUGACGGAACGCGAUUGCAUCCUCUUCAUGCGACAAAUCUGCCAGGGAGUCGGUUACAUGCACUCGAAGAGUAUCGUCCACCUGGAUCUGAAGCCGGAAAAUAUCCUUUGUCAAAGCCCGAAUUCGCAUCGCAUCAAGUUGAUCGAUUUCGGUCUGGCCCGGCAGUUGGACCCGGACACUCCGGUGCGAGUCCUUUUCGGCACUCCCGAAUUUAUCGCCCCCGAAAUCGUUAGCUAUGAGCCCAUUGGUUGCGCAACCGACAUGUGGUCGCUCGGAGUCGUCUGUUACGUCUUAUUAUCGGGAUUAUCUCCGUUUAUGGGCGACAACGACGCCGACACGUUUGCCAACAUCACUUCGAGCGAUUACGAUUUCGACGACGACGCCUUCGCCGCCAUCUCGUCCGACGCCAAGGAUUUCAUUUCGUCGCUGCUCGUCAAACGGCCAGAACUGCGGUUGUCGGCUGAGACUUGCCUCCAGCACAAGUGGCUGGCCCAGGCCAAACAGACCAUGAAUUCCGUCAAACUGCCCACGGACCGGCUCAAGAAAUUCAUCAUCCGUCGCAAGUGGCAGAAAACGGGAACGGCUAUCCGAGCCCUGGGUCGAAUGGCCAGCCUGUCGUCCGCCUCUCGACGCAACUCGUCGUCGUCGUCGACCGGCCGCCGUUCGUCGCGAAUGGACUCGCUGUGCGAGGAGGAACACGGCUCGGUCUUUAGCGGCUCGUCCGGCGGCAGCGGCUCGCGGCUGGCGACUUCGUCGCUGACGGCGCCGACCAACGGAGCCGACCCGGCCACUAGCCCCCGCAUCCGUAGUCCAAGUCUGCCCGUCGUGACCCACCCCUGCCAGUCGUCUGGCUCGUCGACUCCCGGCAUCGCUCGCAGCCGGAGUCCCAGUCUGCCCGUUACGGACUUGAUGUCGGACAGGAGCAGCGGCCCGGUCAGCGCCAGCUCGUCUCGGCGGGUCUACUACGCCGACCGCAGCGACAGUGGCAUCAGCGAUUGCUCCAACCACUCGUCGACGCUCCUGUCCGGCACCCACAUGCCCACCCUGAUCCAGGAGGAGGAGGACGACGAGUUCUAUAACAGCCCCGCCCUAAUAACCAACGGCUGUUCUUCUUCUUCUUCUCCCGCAGGUGGAACCUCCUUGGCGCCGAAGAGCGGCGGCCGUAGCAGCCAGUGCGCUCCUAAGAGCAAGAGCGUAGUCACCAGCCGCUACUCGGUCGAUUCGGCCAUUGAUGGAGAAUGAACGUAACAAUAAAAAAAAAAAGAUUUAAAGGAUCCUGGCCUUUUUUUCAAAUAAAAUGAGGAGCCCCAAAUCGCUACAUCAACUAUUGAACAACUUCAAAAAAAUUCAAAACAAAAAACAAAAUUUCGUCUCGGUGGGAUUUUCGCUUCGUUUCUUGCUGUAGAUUAUUUGACCGUAUGUAGCUAAGCAGCAGCAAAUUAUGUACAAUGUGUCAUAGGUGUGUUUUGUUCAAUUCUUUUUUUUCCCUUGUUUUUUUUUAAAUUAGCUCUCUCUCUCCCCCAGCUCUAUAUAAGGUUACAUGUUUAUUAUUAUUAUUAUUCAAAAUAUUUUCUCCCUUUGAGUAUCCUCCGUGUACGCCGCCGCUUUCAAUUUGCACUGAUUUCUUGAUUAGACACCGAUGCUCUACAACAACCACCACCUUCUUUCAUUCAAUUUAUUAUUACCUCUCUCUUCAAUUGUGAUUGAGCCGUGAGUCGCUUCGUGUCAAAGAUGGAAGCUCUCGUAUUCAAUCCGAUGCACAGAUUUUAAAAAAUCCGCAUGUCAUAUAAUCCCCCCUCCUCUUCAUUAUACCAAACUCUCCUCCUCCCUCCAAAAAACAAAAGACUCCUGGCAACCCUCCCCCCCCCCAUUAUAUCUUAUAUAAGAAUGCUGUUAUGAUAUGAUUGAAAAACAUUUGUAUGAUGGAAAAGCACGUCUAUUAUAAUACAAAUAUGAUUAUCGCC